GAUUUUCAAAAUUUAUCAUAUUUUUUAAUAAUUAAUUUCUGAAAUAACUACCACAGAAUCUGAGGAAGUACAUUCAAUAUUGUUCAAAUUAUUCAAAAUUAAAAGAUAGAGAAACAUGGGAGUAGUAAUAAUGAAACAUCACCAUCUACAGUGAACCCAUAGAAGAGAAGAUAUACAUGAACGUUGCCCUAGAUCAUAUCCAUGUCCACGUGAAUUCCCUCACACCUCCUUCCUACCAUUAAUACCCUUUUGUUACUUUCAUCUCUGCCCAAACCACUAUACACAUAUAUAUAUAUAUACAUAUACAUUAAAUAUGUUGAAGACAUGUUGACCAUAUAUUUGAAAUUUAAUAAUGGGAGUGAAGGAAACUCGUGACCCUAGUUGGAAAAGCCCUAUUUGAAAAGGCAGGCAGCCGUGUUUCAUGUGAAAACCCUAUGACAUGUACUUUUUCUAUAUUUAAUCUUCCUUCUUCCGACUAUCUUAUAAACCUUUGUCCAAUCUUCCAAAUAUUUCCUCCACCAUCAAAAUUUACUUCCUCUCUCUCUCUCUCUAUCUCUCUUUAUUUCUUCCAUUUUUCAUGUGAUAUAUAUAUCUUUCCAAAAAGAAGCAAUGGGAAUAAGCACAAGUAACACCUUCCCAACAUUCUCUAUUGUCUACAUAUUUUUCUUGUUACUUACCACCACCACUACCAAUGCCCUCAGGCCUUAUCAUUUUGCCCAUCUUAGCAAAGGCACUGACCAAAGCCUUACGAGCAUCAAGGAAGGAGAGAUAGGAAUGGAGCUAUACCCGACGGGGUCCAGCCUGCCGGAUUGUUUGCAUGCUUGUGGGCCAUGCGCACCUUGCCGGAGGGUAAUGGUCAGCUACUCAAAGUGCUCCGUUGAGUCCUGCCCUGUCGUCUACCGCUGCAUCUGCAAAGGAAAAUAUUACCAUGUUCCAUCCAAUUAAAUUAUAAUCUAGCCGAAAAAGAAAACCAGAUUAAUGUUGCUUGAUUAUUCUCUUUGCUGCUUUUUUCUUCUUUCUCUUGUUUGGUAGUAAGUUAAUCUUCGGUUAGUUUUAGCAGUAGUAAUUAGUGUUACAGAGUUGUAGGCAGAUCGAGAUUAGCAGAUGUUGCAGAAAAGUAAGGAAGCUUAAGCCAAUGGGAGAUGUAAAUAUAUCCAGUUUUGAUUAUUUAUUAUUAUCCUUCUAGGCAUUUUGCCAAGUUUAGUCA